UGGUUAGUGAGUAGAAGUUGUUUACUAAAUUGUGUUAAUUGUUUCAAUGAUUAUUUCGCAGUUUCCUUUUAAUUGAUCUAAUUUUCUUUUGAUAUUAAUCUUAUUGAGAUUCUUGUGCAUUUAACAAUAUCAAACAAUCACCACAACUAAUUAUGGCUCUCAGAAAUUUGGUCGAUAAAGAUUGUGGAGGUAACAAUCCGUUGAUCAAUUUAACUAAUCACUUCAAUUCUGAUCAGUUGAAUCGUCGAUGGAACAAUGAAAAUUCACCUGAAAAUCAACUUAAUCAAAUUCCCGAUGGAUUACAAGGUUCGGAUAGAUUUGCAAUGGAAUCACUUUUACAAUCUUUGGGACCGAUGGGUCAAAGUAAACCUGAAAUGAGGCAAUCACCAGCCAUCAGUGGACAAGAACUUAUGAAUUUACCUGAUAAUCGGUCUCAUCAUCAAACUGUUGCUCCAAAUAGUCAUUAUUGGUUAGAUGAUUUUCUUGCAUCAUCUUCUUCAUCUUCAUUACCACUAACUUCUGCUACUGUUGCCUCUCAAUCCUCUUUCUCAGGUCAACAAUCAUCAUCGGCAUUUCCAAUCAUCCAAGGUGAUAGUAAAUCAAUACGACCUUUGAAUUCUGGUUCAUUCCAAAGGCCACCCUCUUUAGGUCAUCAAUGGCCACCAUAUGGUGGAGGAUCUAAUUCGGGUUUCAUGAGACCGAGUUUCAUGUCGAUGUUACAACGGACUUUUACGCCAAGAAAUCAACUUCCAAUUGGAUCUAAAGCAGCAAGUGAAUAUCUUGAUGACUUCCAUCGUACUCUGGAAGAGGAAAAGGUCAAAGCUGAUCAGGUUGAAGCUCUAAGGAAAGACUAUGAUACUUCAACUCUUCCCGAAGAAGCAAGAAAAUUUGUCGAAUCAAUGAGAGAUGAUCCCGAAGUACAAUCAACCGAUUUUCUUAAUUUUAUUAAGAAAAUUGGUUCCGGUGAAUAUCAAGUUACCGAAGAUGGUAUUAUUGCCAAUGACACCGAGACUGACGCUCUAAGCCAGGCUUGGGCAAGUGAAUUUGCCACUGCUCAAGAAGUUUGGGAGUCAAAUGCAGUUCGAGAUGAUCAAGAGUUUUGGGACUCCCUGUCAUCCGAAUGGGCUGCAGAUCACAAAGGAGCCAAUUCAAGGAUCAACAACUUUCCCGAAAUGCCCGCUGAGUUCAUGGCUGAUGCUGAUCAAGACUCUUCCCAGGCUGCAAAUGCCGAAUAUAAAUUCAACUCAAAUAAUCCAUAUCAAGAUGUAACUGAUCCUUUCGCUGAGGGAAUGAAAAGACUGGAAGAAGGUGAUAUACCCUCAGCAGUUUUACACUUCGAAGCCGCUUGUCAAAAGGAUCCCUCUCAACACUUAUACUGGCAAUUUUUAGGUACCAGCCAAGCUCAAAAUGAACACGAUUCAUCCGCCAUUUUGGCUUUAAAAAAAUGCAUUCAACUUGAACCAAACAACCUAAUUGCAUUAAUGGCUCUCGCUGUGAGCCACACCAAUCAAUCAGAGCCCCGGGAAGCAUGUGAAAACCUUUUCCUCUGGAUAAUUCGUAAUCCACAUUAUUCAUCUCUCGUACCCGAAGAGUAUAAAACUUCAACCCUGGAAGUUGUCACGUCGGAAAAGAUUCGACGGGUUCGUGAUAUGUACUUACAAGCAGCUCGUUUAUCACCUCAUCCAUUAGAUGCUGACAUCCAAUGUGGCCUUGGUGUUUUACUCAAUCUUACUGGGGAAUACUCGAAAGCCGCUGAUUGUUUCCGAGCGGCUCUUUCAGUUCGACCUGAUGAUUCCACUAUUUGGAACCGUUUAGGUGCUACUCUUGCCAAUGGUGACAGAUCCGAGGAAGCGGUUGCUGCUUAUGAAAAAGCGCUUUCUCUUUCUCCUGGUUUCAUCAGGUCGAGAUUCAAUUUAGGAAUUGCUUGUAUCAAUUUAGGUGCUCACCUUCAAGCAGCUGAACACUUUUUGUCCGUCCUUAAUUUACAAAGAGCUGGUCAAGGAGUUGAUGGUCAAUCCUCUCACAAAAUUAUGUCCGCUAACGUUUGGUCAACUCUUCGUUUGGUUUUGUCACUCAUGUCUCGUCAAGAUUUGUACAAGUUCAUUGACUCGAGAGAUUUGGAGUCUCUUAAUCGUCAAUUUAAUAUCAAUUCAUCCGAUUACAAUCAAGCCUAAAUCACCAAUGACUGGAAAUUUAAAUGAUCAGCAAUUAACAAGCAAACAGAACUAAAGUUAAUUGCAAUAUUUUCCUUGAACAAGAAAUUACAAGAAAUUCAAUCAAGCUCAUUACUAUGUAACUUAAUUGUUAAAAUCAACAAAAAAUUAUCAUGAGAUUAUAUGGGAAACUUAAAUUAAUUAGUUAAUUGCUAGACAAUUGGCUUAAAAGUGAUAUUAAUUGUUUGCUAAAUGCUUUUUUAUUACCAAUGAUCAAAUUGUAUUUUUUUUAUAUCUCAAUUUUAUCGUAAAUUAAAAACCAAAACAAUCAAAA